GCAGUUUGAUACGACCCUUGUUUACUUUGAAACAGACUAUAGAGAAAAUAUACACUCAUCUCCACUUCCGGUAAAGACUUCUGUUGAAUUUUUCAUAUUUCGGGUGUGCCGUUGACAAUUUCAAAAAUGUCUCAAAUGACAGAGGAUCAGAUGAGUGAUAUUAGUGAUACUUUUGCCCUGUUUGACAUGAAGGGUGAUGGAAAAAUUGCAGCUAGUCAACUAGGUGACACUCUACGAUCUCUUGGCCAGAAUCCAACAGAAUCAGAGAUAAGAAAAUGUGGAUAUGCCAAUAAUCCAGAUGCUAGAAUCUCCUUUGAAGUGUUCUUGCCAAUUUUUCAAACAAUUAACAGAAGCAGAGAGCAGCACAGUUGCGAUGAUUUUACUGAAGGGUUUAAAAUGUUCGACAAGGAGCAGAAUGGUUUCAUAAGUUCCGCUGAGUUACGACAUAUCCUAACUUGUCUUGGUGACAAACUGACUGAUGAUGAAGUAGAUCAAUUGUUACAGGGAAUGGAAGAUGCCUCUGGAAAUAUCAACUAUGAAGAAUUUGUGAAGGCUGUUAUGUCAGGAUGAGCAACUGAUCAAAGUUAUUUUCUUUUUUUAACUUGCAUAUAUUUGACAGUAUACUUUCGUAUAUAGUUGGGAAAAACAGCAAAAUUAAUGUCGAUAUAGGGAAAUGGCAAUUUUAGUUUGUUAAAGAUAUAUGUAAACUAGAAAGAUUCAUGUUACAAUAAAGUUAAUGUUACACAUUCGUUAUACAGAAAAAGAAAUAAUUGAAAAGUUCAACACUUGAAGAAAGUUGUUAAAAGUAUAGAUGAAAAUGCAUGAGCUUGUUUGUGUUGAGAUUGUAGUUUCAAAGCUUACAUUUGGUUAUUUUUGGGCUUACAUUUUCUCCUUGCUUUUUUUUCUUGCAUAAUAAUUUAUCAUAUCAUUCCAUAUUUCUAUCAAUUUAGUGGACCAGUUAACAAUUUGUGCUUAAUUACUUUAAAUUUGUCUGGAGAUGUAUUAUUCAACAAUAAAGAAGCUUAAAAGUUAAAGCAUGCAAAGCUGCAAAUUUUCCCGCUUUUUUUUUCGAUUUCAUUUGGUAUUUAGGUGUUUAUUAGUUAUGUAAACAUGUUACUUUACAUUUAUGCAUGUUUUUGUUUUGUUUAUUAUAUCUUUCAAUAGUUUAGUUUAAUUGAUAGUUAAAAGUUAUGAAUUUAGAGGAGUUUUUUUCUACGUUACUUUUGUAAUUUGGGGUUUGGAGCAGAUUUUGUCAUACUCAUUAUUUUGGCAAAUACUUGAUAAUUGUACAUGUGCUUGAUAAAAAAAAUAUGUUGUCAAUAAUGCAAUACUAGAACUAAAGAAGAUGGGUAUAAAUUUGACUCAACACUUUAUUACUUACUUAUCUGGUGAUGAAACAAAAAAUAGCAUAUUAUUCUGAUAAAAAGCAGAUAAUAUUAUGUUUUCUAUGCAAUAAUAAAGAAAAGAUUUUCAUAGAUUUUACUGUGAUAUAUUUUGUUAUUAACCAUUAUUCCGAUCUAAGAGUGUGAAAUUUUUGUUGAGAUAUUUUGACUCGUACUUUUUCUGAAUCUUUUUGAUAAGAGUAAAUAUGACAUUCUCAAUUAACAUGUCAUGACAGAACCAUCUGAAACUCUCUAUCAUUAGGCAAUGUUUCUACAUGUUUGUUCAGUAGGCGUACUACUGUCAAAGUUGUGGAGAUAAGCUUUACAUGUACAUGUUUAAUACUUACUGUGGUUAUUUCUCUUAAAUUUUUUCUUAUUUCUUCUUCCUAUUUUAAUCAAUACUUGACAUGUAUUAGUCGAACAUAUUAUGAAAUAACAUAUUUUGUAUAAAUUU